CUAUUCUUCCCUUUCUUCAAAUUUCUCUCCCCUCUCUCUCUCUCUCUCUCUUUCUCUCUUUCUCCUUAGACUACCGGGUCAACAGUAACGGUGGAUCUGUGGAUGUUUAUAUAUGGUUGUUCGAUGGAUCUAUGAUGAUAUCAAUCAUUUAUUAAGGUUGUUGUUGUAUCUCUCAUGGAGGUUUAGAAACCCAUCCAGUUUUAAUUUGUUGUUUCUUCAUCUUCUUCCUUAAAUUUGUUGAUUACUUUGGGAUGAAGCUGAGAGAUUGAUCGUCUUCAGAUAAUCAGAUCGAUCCAUCUAGAAAGUGCUGAACUGAGAGGUUAUUUAGUCGGCCGGCGAGAUAAUUAAUCCUCAGAUCAUCGUAUAUAUAGUGGUAAGUUGAGUAAGAAGCUAAGCUGGCUAACAACAACAAGUGGUGGGAGAGAAUAGAUGCCGGGAUGGGCGGCGGCGGCGGCGGAGAUGGAGGCGGAGGAGGGGGGUUUAAUCACCAUCAUCAUCAGGCUCCUCCUCCUCCUGGUUUCGUUCACCAGCUCUUUAGUACGCCUGAGCUUCAGUUGCACCACCAAUCUAAUUUCUCUCAGCAUCAACCCUCCGGCGGGGGCGGCGCCGCCGCCUUACCUACGACGCCUACCUCGGAUUCAUCCGACCAGAAGGAACAGAAAUCGGAUAAUGAUGCGGCGGCUACUAGCUCGGGAGGAGGAGGGGGAGGUGGGUCGACGUCGAGCCGUCGACCUAGAGGUCGGCCGCCCGGGUCGAAGAACAAGCCGAAGCCGCCUAUUAUUGUGACGAGAGACAGCCCUAACGCCCUGCGGUCUCACGUGCUGGAGGUCUCGGCCGGGGCCGACAUCGUGGACAGCGUGACCAGCUACGCGCGGCGGAGGGGGAGGGGGGUCUGCGUGCUCAGCGGGAGCGGCACCGUCACUAACGUCACCCUGCGUCAGCCGUCCUCGCCCGCCGGGACAGUUGUCACGCUCCACGGCCGCUUCGAGAUCCUCUCGCUCUCCGGAACCGUCCUCCCGCCUCCCGCCCCGCCCGGGGCGGGCGGCCUGUCGAUAUUUUUGUCAGGGGGACAGGGGCAGGUCGUGGGCGGGAGCGUGGUGGGGCCCCUUAUGGCUUCCGGCCCGGUAGUGCUCAUGGCUGCCACGUUCGCCAAUGCGGUUUUCGAGCGCCUCCCUCUGGAGGAGGAAGCGGAGGGAGGCGCGGGCAAUGCAACCGCCGCCGCAGCUGGGCAGGUCCAGUCGUCCACCGCCGCGUCCCAAACAUCCGGCGUGACUGGAGGCGGCGAAGGCGGAGGAGGAACGUCAUUCGGAAACACACAACAGCCACAGCCGCCGCCGCCAACCAAUUACCCGUUUUCAGCAGAAGUGUUCGGAUGGGCUGGAAACACCGCCGCCGCCGCCGCAAGACCACCUCAAUUUUAACGAGAGAUCGAUGGAGAUGAGGUUGGAUACAUUAAUCUUGCACUUGUUUAUUGAUCUUAUGCUCCAUCAUAUUAAAAUUUGAACACAGGAUCUAUUAUAUGGAGCAACCUUAAAUCUGCAUACCAGUCAUUCCAUCCUCAGAGUGCUCAAAAUUCAGCCAGAGAAUUAGUCAUCCAGGGUAGAUACUUUUGUUACACCCAAAAAAAAAUUGUUUUUGUUGCAUAAAUUAACUAAGAUGUGAAGUGCUUGUAUCGGAUAUAUACAUUUUCUCAACUCAAGUAAGUGCUUUCUUAGCUACUCGAUCACAUCAUCGGCGGUGAAGCCAGGUAGAGGUAGCAUUACGCCACCGGAGAAUUUUAUUUCCAUCAAAUAUUAUAUAUAUUCAAUCCAUCCACCAAACUAAUUAAGAUCAAAAUUAAAUAAUAAUAAUAAUAUUUGCAAA